AUGGAAUCUCUAUCUCCUUCUUCCCUCAAACAGGGAUCGCCAAGCUUGAUGGGAUCUUCUUCCCCAAUCUUCAGUCCUUCUUCUGAUAAGAGAUUCUGGAGCACUCUACGCAGCAGGGUCGACUCGCUUCUCGAGAAUCGGAAGCCUAUAGAUCAAUUCUUGCCUGUUCAAAUGAAUGACGAAGCAAUGAAGCGGCAAAAGAGACUGAAGGAGGACUCAAUGCUUUUGCUAAGAGGGUUUGACUCUGUUUCUCAGUCUCUUUCUCAGCUUUCUCACAAUCUCGAGAAUGCUCUUCAGGGAGCUAAAGAUCUUGCUAGACCUCCCACAUUGACUGAAAUGCUUCAUGCCACACUGGAAAAAGCCAGAAGUGAAGAAUACAAAUCGGAAAAUGAAAAUAAAGACGAAGAGGAAGCGGCAAAAGAGAGUGAAGAAAUCAAGAUAGGAUCCAAAAGGAAGUUAGAUUCUCCAGAAUGUACUCAAAAUCAAACAGAGGAUUCCCAAAAGGAAAAUGCAGAGAGCCCAAAAGAAUUGGGGCAGCUCAAGAAAGCCAAAAAUCUGGCAAUAUCGAUGGCAACAAAAGCGGCUGGCUUGGCGAGAGAAUUGAAAAUGAUCAAGUCAGAUUUAAGGUUUAUGCAAGAAAGAUGCAGUCUUUUAGAGGAAGAGAACAGGAAACUUCGUGAUGGAUUUGGUAAAGGCAUCCAGCCGGAGGAAGAUGAUUUGGUAAGGCUUCAAUUGGAGGCACUUCUUGCUGAGAAAUCCAGAUUAGCAAAUGAAAAUGCAAACUUGAAAAGGGAAAACGGAUGCCUUAACCAACUUGUGGAGUACCAUCAGCUCACUUCACAUGAUCUCUCUGCAUCUUAUGAGAAUUUAAUUAGGGGAAUGUGCUUAGAUUUUUCAUCUCCUGCAGAGGAGGAUGAUGAUACUAAUGGAGAUUGCACAGAACCAAGAACUGAUAAAUUAGGUGUCUCCAAGUCAUUGAAUGAAUGCUAUGAUGAAGAUCUGUAA